AAACAUGGCGCUCUCCUUGUCCUCGAGGCGAAUAUUCCGUGAGCUUUCAAGGGAAUUUCGGCUUAUACACCCAAAGGUAAAACUUGAUGAUGUACCUGCCUUUAAUUACAUGACAAGAGAAUUUAAGAAGUUCAGGGCAACAGGAAAACUUUUGUGUAGAGCUGAAAAUGAAGUCCAGUAUGUAGCAGAUGCUUACAGAUGUAUGUUGCAGAGUACAAGAAAACAUGAGGAAUUGAUCAAGUUAUAUGGUGGUAAAGGAGACAGAAGUACGGAAGAAAGUGCCAAUCUAGUCGGACUGAAUCUGCCAAAAUGUUAACAUAAGAAGAAGUGAUUAAGAAUUCAAAGGUGACACUUUAGAGUGUGUGGACUCCUUUUAACCAUUCAUGUGAUGUAAUGGACAGUAUGUUUUUAUACCAGACUAAAGCCUCACAGCACUUUCUUGGUUAUACUCACUGAAAUUCUAGUUGUGAGUACAUUUUAUUUAGCCUGGUUCCUGUGAUCAGUAGAUAUUGUACUAGCAAAUGUUGAAAUUUGUGUACUGAUGAGUUCUUAUUUAUUAAAUUGAUAAAGUUUUGGGA